AUGUCGGACUGCUCCGUCGGUGUCCAACAGAAAACCGGUCUUCUGACGUCCCACAACCAAGGUGGCUUUGCCUCCUUUCAGCUGCUGUCGGAAGGAGUGAUCUUGCCGCAUUGGGUGGCGCUGGUUUUCACAGGCAGCAUCUUUGCAGGCAUUGCCUACGCCUACCGAAGCCAUGGACUUUCAGGUGUUGCCGUGGUCAGCACACAGGUCAUGGCCAUCAUGGCCGUGCAACUGUCUACCAAACUAGUGCUCCAGACGGGCUUCGUGUACCCCACGUGCAUCGCUGCUGCUUCGCUGCACUUCCUUUGCGUUUGGCUGGCGUCUUGGGCCGUCGAGCGGCGGUCCGGUGCGAAGGACGGGCUGCUUCUGAUGGACUUAAAGAGUUCCGGCUACGACAAUGCAGAGUGGUACGUGAAGCGGAUUCUGCCCAUCGCGGUGCUCCAGACGUUGAAUGUGGUUCUGAACACGUGUUCGCUAUUGUACAUUGGUGCGGGCUUCAAUGCCAUCAUAGGCAUACUUUGCCCAGUCCUCACAGCUCUGGUCUCUGCGACGCUGGGCGCUCGCAUCACCUCCUUGGCUUGGGCGGGCAUGGUGACCUGGCCAAAAAGUGAUGCCGUCAUUUCCAUCGAGGGCCUCAAGAAUAUUUCCAAGGGCGGCUCAGAGCCUCUCUCCCUUGCAGUCUUUGGCAUGAGCUUGGGUGUAGGUGCCCUCUUCGCAAGGUCAGUCCGAUCAGUGCUCAUGGAUUGUCAGAUGAACGAGUAUGCAGCAGAUAAGGCUUGUCCGCGAUUGAAGCCGACGCAAGUCGUCGCACUGGCAUCGCCAGCAGUCUUUGUGCUGGGCUUUGCUCUCACGUUGAUUCUGGAGGGCUGGAAGCCUUACAUGGAGCUCCUGUUGGCCUUCAGCACGGCGUGUGCUGUCUACCUCAGCCUCAUGGGCAUGGUCUUGAUCAAGAUGCUGGGAGCGGCCGCAGCGCAGAUAGCUGGGAAGCUCAACAUUCUGGUCACUGUUGCUCUGUCCAGUGCCUUCUUGCAUGAGCGGCUCAGCCUGGGUUUCAUUGUUGGUGCUGCAGCUGUACUGGCUGGUGCUGCAAUCUUUGAGCAUGCCAAAGCCAGGACUGCAUUGUGCCAUGGCAAAGGGAACCUGGUGCGGCCCCCUUUGCCCAUCACCGUUGCCGCUCUGAGAGCAAGCCGAGGCUCCCGAAGACUCUGCGCGCCGCCUACAGCAGUGUCUGACUCGGGACGGGAUGUCCUUGGCAGUGUCCGGUUCAACCCUCCAAGCAUCUCAGACAGUUUCACACACCCCGGGCAUUCCGGUGCCGGGGCAGGCUUAGGCUGCACAAUGUUAAUGGCUCGAGCCAUCUUGGCCCAUUGUUGA